AUGGCGGAAGGUACAAGAUCUCUCGACGCUGUUAAUGAAGACGACAUCAUGUAUUUUGCGGUUGAAAAUAUUGGACCUACUGUAGAACGCCAUACUCGUCAUUGUUGUGCAAACUGUCAGUAUUAUGAUGACAAAGAGAUGAGGAUCAUACUGGUGGGAGAGGAAUGUCGACAGAAUGCAGAACUUGUUGAUGCUGUUGAGAAACUGGAUUGUGAUAAAUUUGAAUCCGAGACUGGUUAUGAAUAUAUCGCAGAUGCUUCAGAGUUUGAUCUUGUAUUUGUUCUCUCUGAGUUCAAAGGAGAAGUGUUUGACAAACUGCACAAAGCUGAUGUCAGAAUUGUUGGUCCACCUGUCAUCUUAAGAUGUGCCAGAGAUAAUCUUCCGAUCCCAUACAACUCUAGGCCUCAGUACUGCUUCUCUAUGCAAGGACUUAAAGUAUGUUUUACAGGAUUCAAAGAAAAGGCAGAUCUGUGUCAUUUUGUUGAUUUGGUACACUACAUGGCAGGAAAUGUAAGAAGAGACUUUAAGAGUAAUGUUACACAUCUGGUAGCCAAUGUGAUUGGAGGAGAAAAAUACGAGUAUGCAGUUGGGCUAGGGACACCAAUUAUGAGUAGAGACUGGCUAAACAGGGUGUGGACAGAGAGAGACAUGAUUGAUUUCAGAGCGGAUGACUCCUGUGUGAUGAAAUAUAAACUGGCACCAUUUUACAAGAGAUGUUUGAGCUUUCUCGGCUUCUCAAAAGAUGAACAGAAUCAUAUGGAGGAAGUCACCAUAGAAAAUGGUGGAACAUUUGCUAGUGUUGGUGAUGAGGAGUGCACACAUCUUAUAAUUGAUGAGGCUGUAACAGAAUUACCCACAGAUAUCAUACUGCCAAAACAUGUAGUGAAAGGAGAGUGGUUUUGGGCAUGUAUCCAGAUGGAAGCAUGUGCUGCUGAAAAGAUGUACACAUUCCAAAAGGGGGAGCCAGUAUUGAAUCUGUUUACACCGAGCACAAAUAUGUCUGGUACCAAGUCACGGAAAAGAAAAAGAUUAAAAGAAAAUAUAGCUCAGAUGGCAUCUGACGAGGAGCUGGAGUCACCAUUGUAUAACAAACGGCGGUCCAGUGACAUGGGUGGAAUUAUCAGUCCAAAUUCAUUCCUUGAUGCUUCAAAUACACCUGAUAUCUCAGAUAUCAAUAUAAAGACACCCAUGUUGAUUUCACCAUUGAACUCGCCUGUUUUGAAGACUGGCGACCUAAAUGAUAAAGAGGUUGCAAAGGUGACACCAAGGUUACAAGUUGUGAAAGAGUUUCUACAAACAGAGAAAAAUUAUGUAGGCAUUCUACAUACACUUCUUAAUACAUUCAAAUCACAGAUAGAAAAGCAGGACCAGUAUAAUGGUGCCAUACUGGCAGCUCCUGAUAUCAAGUUAAUAUUUGGAAACAUUCCAUCAAUAUACAACAUACAUUGUUCAAUACGUGAUGAGCUUACUGAGAUGGUCGAAAACUGGAAUGAAGAACAGCAAGUCGGGAGUGUAAUCAGUAAAAAUGCUGAUGCAUUGGUGAAAGCGUACCCACCAUUUGUAAAUUUCUUUGAAGACACAAAGGAAAGAAUACAGAAAUGUGACAAAUCUAAUCCCAGAUUUCAUGCUUUCUUAAAGGUAUGUCAAACAAAGCCAGAAUGUGGGAGACAGACGCUGACAGAGUUGUUGAUCAGGCCAGUACAGAGGUUACCUAGCAUCACUUUACUUUUAAAUGAUAUUUUAAAGCACACAAACAAGACAAAUCCAGAUUACGUUUUGUUAGAGAAAGCGAACAGUGUGCUGAAAGAAGUUAUGACACAUAUCAAUGAAGAUAAGAGGAAGACAGAAAGCCAGGUUGUGAUGUUUGACAUUGUCAAAGAUAUUGAAAAUUGUCCUGCUACCUUAUUAUCGUCACACAGAUUUUUCAUUACAAGGAUAGAUGUGAUAGAGCUGUCAGAAACACUGUGUGAGCGUGGAGCACCUCUUGCUUUGUUUCUGUUCUCUGAUAGUGUUGUGAUAUGUAAAAGAAGAACAAAAGUGCUAAAUUCAAAGAGUCCCGCAUCAACAAAGACUCCACAGAAAGGAUACAAGCACAUAGAAUUUAUACCACUACAGUGUGUGAAACGUGUGCUAGACAUUGUGGAAACAGAAAACUGUAAAGAUGCGUUUGGACUAAUUGUGAAAAAUAGUGGUGAAAUGAAGGAGAAGUUGUUCACAUUCAUGUUGGAUACAGAGGAGAUGGACAAAAAUAACUUUAUUACCCAGGUGUCAAAGUCUAUAGCAAAUACUCUGUGUAGGACAGACCAUGAUAGUUUAAUCUUCACAGUGGAGGGGGAUCAGUUACAAGUGAACACAUUAGAUCUGGGAAAUCAGACGUUUGGCAAGGCUGCCAGCAGGUUCAGUAGAAGAGUCAGCCGGGCAUUUUCCUUCAACAAGACCCCACGACGAAUCAAGCGUGCAGUUUCUCAUGUGUUCAGUCCAUUUGUGAAAGACAAUCCAAGGGAGUUCACUCCUGGUAACUUACGAGGGAAAAGAUUGGCCAGUAGCAUUGACCUCACAGAAGACAGCAUUAGUCUGGGAAACUUUUAUGAUGAUAGCGACACACUAAGUCUUGGAGCAUUCUCAAUGAAAGAUCCCCUUGAUUGACAACACAGAGCACGGCGUUUUCUUAGAGCUAGACGUACAGCACGUGUGGUAAAAUUCCGACGUAUCAGUAGUAUGCCCAUUAUUAGAGAAUCUGCCGUGUAGACACAUUCAUCAUAUAUAAUACAGGGACUGUAAUAUGCUGAUUUGGAGAAUAAAUCACUGUGUAAAAAUACAAGUGUGAUGUCAAGUUCAAAAUGUUAUACAGUUUUAAGAGAAUCUGAAUUGUUAAAACUGUAGCCACAUGAAUUCAGUUGACAUAUAUACAGCUGCAGUGCGACUAUACCGAGAAAGUGAAAGUCUGACAGAGCAUUUACAAAAUGAUGUUGUUUAUUGGAAAAACAGAUCUGAAGAAACUUGCUUUAUGGCAGAAUAAGUCUGCAGUAUGCAAGUUUUAGGAAAAAUACAGUGUGUAUUAAAAAUGUUUGUACAAUGUGAUUUUUGAAAAGACAGCAGUAUGUCAGUAUAUAACAAACUUGUUGUAUCUUACAUUUAGUAAAUAAGAAAAUGUAUUGGAGUUCUUCUUGUGUUAACACAUCGGACUGUUAUCCUUGUUAGAAUUUUUUUAUCCAAAAUGCUGGAAGGAAGUUCAUGUAAUAAGCUUAGCAAAAGAAAAAGGCUUAUCUUUGGGAUUAAAAGUUCUAAUUGUAGUUUUAAACACAGCUGAGCUCUACAUUCUCAGGUUGAGCUGUUGUGACCACCCACCAUCCUAUAGUCCAUUAAAUCAACAUUUAUGAAACCUUUUGGUGAAAGUUUUACAAACGGCUUGGCUGCCAGUAGAAACUGUUUAGCCUGUUUUCAAAGACACUCUACCUAGAUUGAGCAGAUUCAAAUCUGCCGGGAAAAAUGACUGCCAGGGAGCAGAGAUACAUUUCUCUGCGUAUUUAUAUGAAAAAAUUUUGAAACUUUCCUAAGAAUCUUGUGGCACACUUCCAAAGUAAUGUGGUUGACUUUUUUUUUUUUUUUAGACAAGUAGUAUUGACUACCAAAUUGUUCAAGUUUAGGUAAGGCUCUAUUCCUCUGUAUUUUAUUGACUGCUAGAUUUCUGUUAAAGCUGUGACACUAGAUUAAGGGGUCUCGAGCCAUCAUGUGUCUCCUGUUGCCUUAGCUUAUAAACGUUGAACAAUGAUACGCACUCAAUAUUGCUACAGCUGUUUUCUAGAAUUUGUUUAUGAAAACAUUUGUAAAUUGAAGAGCAUGCUGAUCUUUUCACCGCUCUUGUACAUGUUAUCUCCUAGUAAAUGUGUUACAGCAGUUUUACUUUAAAUUUCACACUUGGCUAUAUACACUUCUUAUUCUCAUGUACACGAUAUGUAUUCCACAAAAUUAUUGGUGCUUUUUAUUCUGCAUGUGCCAUUGCAUUAGGAUAUAUAUACAUUAUUUCUAUUUGUAAGCUUGUCUCAUUAUCAGCUUUUAGUCAUUUAUUUUUGUUCACUUCACCUUUAUAUCUAUUAUGGAAGUUCUAUGCCCUUGAAGAUUUCACUUUUUUCCUAUUUUUCAGUGGUUUUCUGAAAUACUAGUUUCCCGAUAAACUCACUGUAAUGCGUAUGAACGUAAAAAAUAAAUUUUAUUUAAGAAAUAAUAAGUUCCCAAGUGUGAUUUAUCAUAGAAUAACCUGUGUUUUGAGUUCUUAUGUGUAAGAAUAUAUCACAAAGGCCAUAGGUCUUUGUGAUAUAUUGUUUGGCAUAAGAACGAAAAACUGUGGUUAUUCUAAGAUAAAUCACACUUGGGGAACUUAUUGUGUGAAUUUUGAAACAGUGAGGUUAUCACCGGUACUGAAAUAUAUUUGUACACUGCAGAAUAGGAAAUCAUAAAUAAUUAGAAAUUGUUAUAACAAAUAUGCAUUUUCAUAUUAAAUUGUAAACAAUGAUUAGAAAUCGCUUAGAACUAUCUGUUACUGUUUUGCUGCAUAAAGAAACAUAAUUGUGAUGUCUUGACUUUUGCAUUUGAUUUUCAUGCUGCGCUAGAUGUUGCAUGGGCAAAAGUUUAAAAUUAAAGAAGCCUAAAAGAAAAGAUAAACUUUCAACAAUUAUCUUUCAAUUAUGAACACCAGAUUUCACAUUUUCAGUUGGAUAUUGCGUCUGAUUUUAACACUACGAAUAUACGUUCUUUACGCAUUCUACAGAGGAUUGUAGAUAAGGAGAUGAAUACAAGCUGGAAAAUAGGCUUUAACUUGCUUUGUAUUUUCAAUAGAAGACAUUUUUGUGGUAUAGAAGAUUUUGUGUUUGUUUAGAAUUAUAACGCCAUAAUUAGAAUUAAUUACAUGAAUGGUAACAUUUCAAAACGGCUUGAUUGUAGAACUCUUUCAUUCCAGGAAGCUAUCCAAUUCAUUUACAGAAGGUCCAUGGUUCUACUUAGCUUGAAAAUCACCAUUUUAUCUAAACAUUGUCUGUGUAACUUAAUUCCUGGACCCAGCAAAAGAAAAACCUUCUGUGUUUAUGUUGGAGACAUUACACUUAUAGUUAAGCUUUGACCUACCUUACAUUUAACAAUGUGAAGUCAGAAUUUUAAGCUGAAUUAUUCUAGUUUGCAUCAUGUUGAAAUUUUACUGACUUGUUUCUUGUGUUGCAUACUUCCCGUGUUCUUUACUGUCUGAUUUGAAAGUCCUUACUAGAUCUUCUUUUAUCUGCUUUGCCUCUCUCUCCCUCCCUCCCCUCUCUCUCUCUCUCUCUCUGCUCCUGUAUUUUUCCUCUUGCUAUAUUUAUUACCUGCCUUGUUUCUAUAACUUUCUACCUUAUUACCUCCCUCGCAUCUGUAUUUUCUUGCUGCUUUAAACAUUUUUAGCAAGCAAGGAAGACAAGAACGGGUAACAUUUUCAAAAAAAUCUCUAGACUAAUUGUAUGUGACCAUUUCAGUAGGUGAAGAAUUUUAUUAAACUGAAGUUGUUGUUUUAAAGAUAUGAUAUUUUGCUAAUAUUGAAGCCUGAGUAUAUUUUUGUUUAUAUCAUACAAAAGCAACAUAAUUUUACAUUCUUUUAGAAAUUAACAGUACUUGUGAAAAUAUGAUAAGAUCUGCUUGUCCUAAAUUAAGAAAAAGUAUAUGUGUAUUAUUUUUUGUUUGAUCAGGGACCAUUUAGUUUCUUUACAUUUCUAAUGUUCUGUAUGACCUGUUAGAUUUAACUGUUUCUUUGAAUUUGAAAUUAAACACCUUUGUUGUAGAGGUUAUACAGAAGCAAGGUGUUUGAUAAUUGGAAAAAUAAGUAGAAAGUGUGUAUUAAAUCUUGAUAGGUAGAUUUGAAGUGAUAUUUUGUACAGUUUUACAUAGAAUUGUGAAUAUAGUACAUAUUGAUAAGUGCAUAUUUUAACUGUAAGAUUAAAGUGUCAUUAUUAUCAUGAUUAGGAAUUAUAACUAGAAAAGCCAAAUAAAAAAGUUAAAUCCAAG